AUGCGUGGGCACUCUUGGGAGAGGUGGCCCAGCAUCCCUUUCUCUAUGGCUCGUAGGACCUCCGUCUCUACCGCUUGGUUGCGGUAUGAGCACGCCUCUCCACCUCAGUACUACAGCAGCAGACAGACACUGGUGAGCUCUCCCUCCCAGACGCACAUACCAGACGACAACAUGCAGUCUGGUCAGCUGUUCUACGUGGGCCUGCCCUCCAGCUACAGCCUGGAGGCCCCCAUGCCUAGGCUGCCCUCCUAUGAGAGCGUGAGGAAGAAGGACCGCCAGAAGCACAUCCACAAACUGAUCGCCGACCGCUUUGGACUUAGCGGCUCCAUGCCAGAGGAGCCUCCUCCAUCCUAUGAGGAAAGUGUGGGGCGUUCUGUGGAGGUCCUGCACAGCUCCGAUCAGUUGUGUUCGGACACAGCAGAUCCACAUAUGAGCUUCACCAACGGCGGAUUCAACAAUUAUGAGGAUCCUCCGGCUGCUCCCUGUGACCCCAGCAAUGGGCUUUCACCUUUGUGA